CAGUGGUGGCAGCCCUCAUGGCAGGUCCGCUGUGGCGGGCCACGGUGUUUGUGCAGAGACACAGGACGGGCCUGUUGGUGGGCUCCUGCGCAGGCCUGUUCGGGGCCCAGAUCUCGUACCACCUCUUCCCCAAUCCUGUGGUCCAAUGGCUAUACCAGUACUGGCCUCAGGGCCAGCCGGCGCCUCUGUCCCCGGAACUGGAGAGGCUCUUCCAGGAGGUGCAGCAGGACAUUGGCAUCCCCUCGGGCCACCACUUCGAGGCCUUUACCACCUUCACCUUCCAGCCUGUGAGUGCCGGCUUCCCGAGACUCCCUGGUGGGGCCGUCGUGGGCAUCCCCGCCAGCUUCCUGGGUGGCCCAGUGACCAACACUGACCGGCCCGUGGUGGUUUACGGGCAGCGCGUGGACUGGCGGAGCCCAGCAGGCGCCCGGCUGAGAGAUGCCCUGACCCUGUCUCACGAGGCCCAGAAGUUUGCCUUGGCCAAGGAGGUGGUGUACCUGGAGAGUGGGGCGGCCGCCCUGCAGGCCCUGCCAGCCCCAGCCUGCCUGGUGGGCACCUGGGCGCUGGGUGUGGGGGCCAAGCACGCCUUGGGGCUUUACGGGGGCCCCAUGAGCUUGCGGGCCGCCUUCAACUUGGUGGCAGCAGUGGCAGGCUUCGUGGCCUACGCCUUCUCCACGGACUCUCUCACCCAUGCCCUGGAAGCCUGGCUGGACCGCCGCACGGCCUCCUUGUCUGCAGCCUAUGCCCGGGGCGGGGUGGAAUUCUACGAGAAGGUUCUGUCAGGCAACCUGGCCCUUCGCAGUCUGCUGGGCCAGCGGGGGGAGAAGCUCUACACGCCCAGCGGGAACGUCGUUCCCAGACACUGGUUCCGCAUCAAACACCUGCCCGACACGGCCCGCCGGGACUCGGUGCUGCAGAUGUGGCGGGCAGCGCUUGGGCCCGGUGGCGCCUGAGGGCCUCGUGGCCCGGACGGUUCCAGCUCAGGCAGGUGCCGCUCGCCGUGGACUCGGCAACCCCACAGCCCAGUGUCAGCAGACUUGCAGCUUUGGGGGGCAGCCCAGUUCCUGCCCCAGCCCACCACCCGUGACCCAAGUCAGCUCGGACACGUCCUUUUAUGAAUCUGAGCCUUGGCUCCUCUCCUGUAAAACGGGGCUGAUGUAAACUCCCUGGCCUGCCUGUGGGGUUGUGUGAGGUCACUACAGGAGGGCCUGGGUGCCAGCGCCUAAAUAAACAGAAGGCUGUC